AUGUUAGGAGAUCUCUUUGUAGAAGAUGGUGGAGGAGGAGAAUCGUCCCAUCAAAUAACAACUAUAAAAUCUACUGAAAAACCACCAUUCCCAAGAAAUGAAACGAAUUUAUGUGGAUUACAAAAUCAAGGAGCUACUUGUUACCUAAAUGUACUUAUUCAAACAUUGCUUUUCACACCUGAAUUUCGUGAACCUCUUUUCCGUCUAACUCCUAAAGAUCUUAAUCUUCCAGCAAAUUACAAUGAUCAAAAUUCAAUAUCAUCUAGUGGAAGUAGUUUAAAAGUUCGUAAAAUAAUUGUUGAAUUACAACGCCUUUUUGCUGAAAUGCUUUUACUUAAUCAACAAGCAUGUUCAUCAAUUCGAUUAACAGAUAGUUUUGGUUGGCAAUCAAAUGAGGCUAUUGAUCAUCAAGAUGUUCAUGAACUAAAUCGUUUAUUAUUUGAUGCUAUUCAAAAAUCUUUACAAGGUACAAAACAAUCAAAUUUAAUACGUUUAUGUUAUGAAGGAUCUACAAUCAAUUAUACACAAUGUAAAAGAUGUCAAAAAAUAUUUAAACGAUCAGAAGAUUAUCAUGACUUACCAUUAGUUGUACAAGAUAGUCCUAAUUUACAAACUUCUUUAGCAAAUAUGUUUACAAUUCGUGAACAGUUAAUUGGUGAUAAUCAAUAUCGAUGUUCAUCAUGUGCAAAUAAUUUAUGUGAUGCUGAAAAGUGGGCAAAAAUAACGAAAUUACCACCAAUAUUAACUUUACCAUUACAACGUUUUGUUUAUGAUAUUAAAACUGGUAGUCGACAGAAAAAAACUACACGUUAUGAAUUUCCAUUUGAAAUUGAUUUAAAAGAAUUUUGUGAAGAUUCAGUCACGGAAACAAAUUAUGAUUUAUUUGCCGUUGUUAUUCAUAAAGGCACAUGUUAUUCAGGACAUUAUUAUGGUUAUAUCAAAGAUAUCGAUCAGAUUGGUACAUGGAUAUGUCCACCACCAUCAUCACCUUCAACAAAAUCAACAAAUAAACAAAAAUCAACAAAUACUCAAAAUAGUAAAACAUCCAAUACUUCACCUAAUAAUAAUCGAACUUCAAAUGAAUCAGCUGAUGCACAAGAAGAAAAAAUGAAAAAACUUGAUUUAAUUAAAACAUUAUUAUUAUCAUGUGAUGAUUGGGUUACUAUUGAUUAUCUUCUUCAAACUUAUCGUGAAAAUACAACAAUGUCAUGGAAUCGUACACGUGGUGUUCAUGGUUCAUUUACUAAAUUUCUUCGAAGUUAUCCUGAAAUAUUUGAAGUUGAUGAUAAACGUGUACGAUUAAUUGAACGAAAUUGUUCAAUGGAUAUAGAUGAUUAUGAUAUUGAUCAAAUGGAUUAUGAAUCAUCACAAAUUGAUUAUUCAUUAAAUAAUAAUUAUCAUAAUGAUGAACAUUGGUUUUGUUUUGAUGAUUCAAUUGUAAUGUGUGUUACACGAGAACAAAUAAAAAAACAUUAUGGACAAAAUGAUUGUGCUUAUAUGUUAUUUUAUAGACAAAAAGAUCGACAUAGACCAAAAAUGGAUUGUUCAGAUAAUACUCUUCAUUCAAUACCACAAUGGUUACUUGAUGAAAUUUUAGAAAAAAAUAGAAUUCUAGAUGAAAAACGUGAUGCUUAUGAAAAAUAUCAAAAUCAAUUAUUAGUUACAAUCUAUCCAAGUGAAUGGUUUCAAGUUAUAGAUGGUUGUCGAUUAAAUUUCAAUAAUAAUGAUCAAGUAUUAUUUCCAGAUCAAUAUGGAGAAGUUAUAUUUGAUAAACGAACGAAAAUUAAUGAAUUUAUUUCGAGACUUGAGAAUAUAUAUGGUGUAGGAAAUCAUUUUUAUAUUGCUAAAAAACUUCGUUCGGGACAAUUACAUGUAAUAAAUGAAUUAAUUAAAUCAAAUAAUGAUAAAAUAUUAGAUAAAAGUGAUCUAUCAAAUUAUCGUAAUCUAAUUAUUUAUACAAAUUCAUCAUCAUUACCAGAUACAGUUUUACAAGGUGAAGAAUUUGAACCAAUAAUGCUUAAUAUUGUUUAUGGUUUUCCUGAUAUACAUAUUCAUGCAUCACAUUUACAACCUAUAAAACAUGUAUCAAAAAAUACAACAUUAUUAGAAUUAAAAGAAAUUCUCUAUCAUGAUUAUUAUGGACAUGAUGAUGCUCAAAAAUUACGACAAAUGCGUAUGGGUAAAUUAAAUUUAGAAGAAAAAAAUAAUCGUAAAUCACGUCGAGAAUAUAAAAGUGAUGAAGAAAAACAAACAUUAGCACAAUUACGUUUACAAGAUGGAGAUACAUUAGGAAUUGAUGAUAGAAAUUCUCUUGUACCUAAUUGGAAAGAUGUUUCAUCGAACAGUAUUAAUUUUGGUAAAAAUCAAUUAUCAUUAACAGUUAAAAAUAGUAUUGAUAUAAAUAAUACAAAACCAAUGACUUAUAGUUGUUUAAAUACAACACUAAUCGAACUCGUUAAACUCAUGGCUAUUCAAGCAUUUGGUUUAUCUAUAGAUACAUGUAUGUGUCGUUUACAUAUUGAUGAUCCGGAUGUUGGACAUAUUCCUCUUUAUGAUCAUCAAACAGUUGAUUCAAUUGAAUUUAAACAAAAUAAUACAAAUUUAUGUUUAAAAUUUGGUCAAUCAUUAAAAAAGAAUGAUAUUCUUCUUUAUAUUCUAUCUGAUCGUGAACCAUGUUCAUUAGAAAUUGUUGUUGAUGAAAAUAUAAUAUUAUCUGAUCUAUGGUUACUUAUUAAACAAGAAUUAAAUAUGGAUGAAAAUGAUAAUGAAUAUCAUUUAUGUGAAGUUAAACCAUCAUUAACUGAUGAUGAAUCACCUUUAAAUGAUUUUGAUGGAACACUUCAUGCUAAUGAACUUACUAAUGGAGCUCAAUUAACAAUGAAACGAGGAAGUGUUGCAAGGAAAAAUCAUGUUCGAUUGAAAAUUUCAAGAAUUACCGAGAGAAUUUAUACACCAAAUGAAGCUAUUCAUACUGAACCCAAAUAUAAGAUGGCCGAAUUAAAAGAACUAUUCGAAUUACCAACCAUAUCACCAUUCAAUGUUCUUCGUGAACGUAUUGCCAAACAUAUUGAUUUUAAAGUUCCUUCUGGUUAUGCACGUGAUGUUAAACCAUUAGAUUUUAUUCGUCUUUAUCGUAUUGAAGAUGAUGAAUCACUCUCUAUUAUUCAUGAACCAACUCUUAUUACUCUCAAACAAGCAAAAGUUCAAGAUCUUGAUUUAUUUGCAUUUGAAUCAUUACAUAAUCCUGAAUCAUUAGGAAAAAAAGAUUUACUUCUUAAUAUAGUCUAUUCUAAAGAUGAUGAUGGAAAUUAUUUUCAAUAUCAAUUUGAAGUUCAUUGGCCAUUAAAAGAAAAUAUUAUUGCUAAAUAUGAAUAUCUUGAACAACAUGUAUUAACACGUUUAUCAUCAUUUAUGACAAAUACUCUACAUUAUAAAAAUGUUUCUAAACAAGCAUUAAAAAUAACAUUAGCACGUUAUUUUCCUGAUCGUGCACAAUGGAUAAUUAUUAAUCCAUCAUUAUCAUCAAAUACAAAUCAAUCACAAAAUAAAAAAAAUAAAACAUCAAAUACAUCAUCAACAAAAACAUCGAAAUCAAAUCUUAGACUUGAACCAUAUAAAUUAACUGAUUUAAUUGUAAUUGGUGUUCUUGAAGGUGAAAAUUUAACAGAAGAAGAUUUUGAUACACCAUAUGAUUAUCAUAAAAGACAAGAGAUUGAUUAUGAAAAAAAACAAAAACGUUUAAAUCGUGAACGUAAUCGAAAUGAAAAUGAUCGAAAUCGAACCAAUGGAUCUAGUGGACGUCGAAGAUCACCACAAAAUACAAUGCGAAUUAAUGUUGAUGAUUUUGAUAAUUAA